UUGCAACGUCACAGUGGUGGUUUGUUUUCCAUUGUAAGAUUCGAUUGAAGGAAGCUGUUUUGUUCAAACGAAUAUUAAAACAUGGCUACGUCAUGGGAUGACGUAUCUAUGACGUCACGGUGUAUGAACGAGAACAAGUUUGGAGUGAAAAGCUAUUUACAAUAUUUCUAUGACGAUUGUGACGUUGGUGUCACGUGUAAAGUGAGGGGGGUGCACAGAUACGACAAUAUGGUCACGUGGUGUAUUUGCGUCAUUGGGAUUAUCUCCGCUCUGAUUGGUGGAACGCUUGUUGUCGUCACAAUCGUCAAACCGGAAGCAUUUGAUAGAGGGGACUUCCCAACCCCACGUCACUUCCUCGGUGUUCCGCAUGAGCGAUUCUUCUUGGUUGGGGGGAUUUUAUUUUCCUGUGGGCUCACUAUCGCCACCGUGUGUCUGGUGGUCAUAAGUUUGUUUCGAAUUGAGAAAAGGAAACAAAAACUCGAAUCCGACAACUUUCAGAAAACGCUAACAAUGGGAAUGAUAAUCCCAGAACGGGAAUUCCCCUUGUUUGAGACUGACUCCGAAAUAUCGCCAGUUCAACCCUUUAACCCCCAACACGACCCCUUGACCCCCAACUCAACUCCUUGACCCGGAAACGACCCUUUGACCCCCGACCAACCCUUCACCCUCGAAUCAACCCCCUUAACCUCCGCCACGACCACACAGCUUAUAGAUGUUAACUUUAUUUCUUCCCAAGUUUAAAUGCCACCCGGGAAUUCAAAAUGAACAUCUUUUCCGGUCAACUUCUUGUAAACAGCGGAAAACGUAUCAAUCUGUAAGAAUAUUAAUCGUAAAUAUGAUUAUCAUAUUAAACAUCAGAAUAAA